AUGGGUGAUUUUAAUGCCAUCAUUAACCCAAACGUAGAUAAAACACCACCAUCAAAAAAGAAUAAUAACAAGUCAAACCUCAUUGAAUUCCUAAUCGACAACAAUUACAUAGACACCCAAAAAUAUGCAUUUGACAAACACACUGAACACACAUGGCAAAGAAAUGCUAGCAGCAGUAGAAUUGACUUUAUUUGGGUAGAUAACAAUAUAGUUGAUAAAAUAACAAAAAUUAAUAAACCUUAUACUCCCAACUACAAAACAGAUCAUAAAUGCCUAAGCAUAGAUUUAAACAUAAAAAUUAAAAAUUGGAAGACAACAUCAAACAUAGAAAGAUAUGUUUACAAUUGGGAAAAUACCAAACAAAUUAACAAUUAUAAAAAGAAAACCAACAAACUUGCUGCAAAAAUCAAUGAAAAUAAAUCCAUACUAAACAAUAUAGAAUCUCUGUGGUCCCUGAUAAAAUACAACUUAAUCAAAGCAAGUGACAAAAAAAUUACAAAAACAAAAAUAACAAAUUAUAAAAACACUAAUAACCAAAUUAAAAAUAAAACAUUCAAAAACAUCAAAAAUCUUAAAAAACUUCUCACAAUCCAAGAUAUAGAUACACUUAAAAUUAAUUUCAACAAAUAUAAUGAAUCAUUCCCCCAACAAAAUGAAAUUUUAAAAAACAAAAUAAUAAAUACAAAUAACAAUGAAGAAAUUAAAAACCUUAUUAAAAAUCACAUUACAAACCUACAAACCAUAAUCAGAGAAGAAUUAAAUAAAGAAAAAAUGACACAAAUUAAAAAAUCUAUUGAAGCAAGAAAUGAAGACUUUUUCACUAACCAAAAAAAAUUUUACAACAAUAUCCUUAACAAAAACAAAAACAAUAUUAAAAUUGACAGAAUAAUUGAAAACGACAUGAUUAUCACCAACCCAAAUAUGAUCAAAGAAAAAAUAGAAAAUCACUUCUACAACUAUUUUAAACAUAAUGAAUUACCAGAUAUUACAGAAGAUAAUGAAUUCUGGAAAAUCCUUCAACCAAAAAAUACACACAAAGAAAUACUUCUAAAUAUUCUAGACAAACCCAAAGAAGAAGAAUGGAUCCCCAUCAUUAAACACUUGCCCUCAAAAAAAGCUCACGGACCUUCUAACAUCUCAUAUGAACAUAUAAAACAUGCUCAUUACAACAUGCAGAAAUUAAUUAUACACUUAAUAUCAUUGUGCUAUAAAAGCAACAAUAUUCCAGAAGAAUGGAAAACAUCACAUAUCUACCCAAUCCCAAAAAGAGAAGAUUGGGGAUACAAUAUUAAUAUUAUAAGACCAAUUGCUAUCAUUGAACCAAUAAAAAAACUCAUGACAAAAAUCUUAACAAUAAGAAUGGAAAAAUUAAUCAGAGAACACAAUAUUUUAAAAGGCUAUAACUUUGCUGCUCAAAAACACUCAUCACCACAAAUCCCAAUACAAAUAAUAAAUAACACUAUUGAACAUUGUCGGGAUACCAAAUUAGAAACAUGGAUAAUGUUCCAAGACAUGUCAAGGGCAUUUGAUAAUGUAAACAUUGAAAGACUGAUCAUCACUCUCAAAAGAAUAGACCUCCCAGAAAAUUUCAUAAAUUUGAUAAAAAAUAUUCAUACUGGAAGGAAAGCAAAAAUCAUUACUCCAUUUGGCUUAACUAAUCCUAUAUCAAUUGAAUCAGGAAUUGAACAAGGAGAAACAUACUCACCUUUAUUGUGGAAAUUAUAUUAUGAUCCUAUAUUACAAUACAUACAAGAAAAUACACACAAUAACUUACUAACAAUCCAUAGCAA